AGACUUUGUUCAAAGAACCAGAAAGUUGCGGAUUCCUUUUGCCCCUCUCCAUGCGUAGACCAGGCCUCAGAUUUGUAGCUCUCCUUCUUCUUCUUCUCGCCUUAAUUCAUGAGAGCUGCAGUGCCAAAAAUAAACAUUACUGUCCACCUUCUUCUUGUGGAAAUAAUCUGAAAAUUAGCUACCCUUUCAGAUUAAACACAGAUCCUCCAUCCUGUGGACUGACUAAAGUCCCAGUAUAUACUUUAUCUUGUGAGAACAACCUUACGGUAUUGCAUUUUAAAUCAGGAAAAUUCUACGUGAAAGCAAUCGAUUAUGGCAAUCAAACAAUUCGAAUAGCUGAUGCCAGUGUUGAGGAAGGUAGAUGCUCCAUACCUCAGUAUUCCUGGGCCGCCUAUUACUUCUUAAAGUUUUCACCAAGAUAUUAUCAUCAUUAUCCAUAUCUUGUUUAUCCUUGGAAGAGCAAUCUUUUUAUAAGUUGCGAAAAGCCUGUAAAUGCUCCUCUUUAUGUAGAAGCUCCUGCCUGCAGCAACGGUAGCUCUUUCUCCACACCUUAUAGGGCUGAAUCUGAAGGCAAAAGGUAUUAUUAUGCGAAAAUGGAAGAAACUACUUCAGAUGAGUUAAAACCUUCAUGCCGUAUUGAGUCAGUGGCAGUUAUACCAUCAAUACAGGAGAAGAAUUACGAGGACCUCUCCUACCUAGACAUCCAACAUGGGUUAGCCUAUGGAUUUGAGUUGUCGUGGAGUAAUGCUAUCUGUGGAGGGAAGUGGGGGGGUUCUUACUACGUUAUUAAUCCGGAAAACCAUUGUGUUCUUCAAUAUUAUGGGAACCCAGUUUACGAAACAGCUCAAAAUCUGCCAGGUUAUGUAGUUGUAAUUGUUGCGCUGUGGCAUGGAGCCGUAGUUGUUCUAGGAAUUCCAAUUUUUAUCAUAUUUUUGGUCUUCAAAUGGAGGAGAAGGCAUUUAUCCAUGUAUAAUUCUAUUGAAGAAUUUUUGCAAAGCAACAAUAAUCUAAUGCCUAUAAGGUAUUCUUAUUCAAAAAUCAAGAAGAUGACCAAUGGUUUUAAGGAGAAAUUGGGUGAAGGAGGUUUUGGUAAAGUUUACAAAGCAAAGCUUAAGAGUAGUCGCCUUGCAGCAAUAAAGAUGUUGGACAAAUCAAAAGCUACAGGACAAGAUUUUUUCAAUGAAGUUGCUACCAUUGGAAGAAUUCACCAUGUCAAUGUGGUACAAAUGGUUGGCUUUUGUGUUGAAGGAUCAAAACGUGCCCUUGUGUAUGACUUCAUGCCUAAUGGUUCUCUUGAUAAACAUAUUUUCUCAAGGGAAGGCAAUAUUGCAACUUUGGGUUGGGAAAAUCUAUACAAGAUUUCUCUAGGAGUGGCUCGUGGGAUUGAGUAUUUACAUCGAGGUUGUGAUAUGCAAAUCUUGCAUUUUGAUAUCAAGCCUCACAACAUCCUUUUAGAUGAGAGCUUCACUCCAAAAAUCUCUGAUUUUGGUCUUGCUAAGUUAUAUCCUGUAGAAGGUAACAUUGUGUCCUUGACUGCAGCAAGAGGAACAAUAGGUUAUAUGGCGCCUGAGUUGUUUUACAAAAACAUAGGAAGUGUCUCUUACAAAGCUGAUGUUUAUAGUUAUGGGAUGUUAUUGAUGGAAAUGGCUAGCAAAAGAAAGAAUGUGAACCCGUUUGCAGAGCAUUCGAGUCAAAUCUACUUUCCUUCAUGGGCAUCUGAGCAAUUGAACAGAGGAAUGGAGCUGGAAAUACGAGAAGCUACAGAAGAUCAAAAGAGAAUUGUAAAGAAAAUGGUCAUUGUAGCUUUGUGGUGCAUACAGAUGAAGCCAAGUGAUCGCCCUUCAAUGAACAAAGUCAUAGAGAUGCUUGAAGCAGAACUUGAGAGCUUACAAAUACCUCCCACUCCUUUCCAGUUUUAUCCCCAUGCUAUUCAACAAGAUGAAGUUACUGAGAAAACCAACCUCAGGGAGUCUUCUAGUAGUUCUUCUUCUUCAUGCAAUGAUAUAGAGAUUGAGUCAAUUAGUUUACUUGGAAAUGAAAAUUAAGUGGAAUGGUAGCAAAGAAGCUUUUAUUUCGGUAUUUGUAUUAGAUAAGCUUCCUUCAUAGCAUAACUACUAAGGUAAUAAGUUUGGUGCUUUUCUAGUUUAUUUAGCAACUUGAUAGUUAUGUAUAUUUUGAAGUGCAUAAACUAAGCUAUUAUUA